UCAAAUACAUAUCAUGAAAUCGUUAACGUUUAUCCCAUUGGCUCGACAUUAUUUUGAUUUCAGAUAGUCAGAUAGUUCAUACCAAAGAGACGAGCACAAAAUUCUGAUUCCUUACAUCCCACAACCAUGAAGCCUUGUGAUCCGACAAGGAUACCAAAUUUCGUAAUUUUACAUACAGGUUCUAUUUUCAGAAGCAGUGCCCGGUGAGACACCAGUGGUCAUGGUUCGCAGGACCAGCUGCUUGGCCUUGUUCGGGGGUUUGGAAGCAUGCUUUGACGUCGUGUGCAGGUAUAGUAUAUGCACUUGAAAUAGACUUUCUUCCACCGCUGUCGAUGUCAUCUUGAGUCUGAAUUGCGUUUUUCCUGGAUACGUCCAUCUGGUUGGAGUUGCUCUCUGCACUGUUGCCGAGUUUGGUCUCAGGAGAAGGUCGCCAUGCUGCAAGUUUGUGGGCAUGUCCACGGCCUCGCCCUCCGCCUGGGUGAUGCCUCCACCUCUUCCUUGAUCAUGUUCCGAUCCUCGUCGCCGCCUCUCCUCAGACGGAACUGUGGGUGCGGCAGGCUCGCUCGGGGAACGCAAGCUGGUGUUGCAGCUCCAAUUGUGGCUUUGCAAUCGUCACAAAUAUCUGAAGGAAUGGCGGAGGGGUUGAAUUCGAAAGCGGUGCGCCCUUUGAUAAAAAUGUGCGGGAUUACGAGCCCAGAAGACGCAGCUGUGGCUGCUAGAGCGGGGGCGACCUACAUUGGCAUGAUCGUUUGGCCCAAGUCCAAAAGAUCCGUUACCGUGAGCCUUGCACAAGAGAUAGCUGCUGCGGCUAGAGAGAAUGGUGCCGAGCCAGUCGGUGUCUUUGUGGAUGAAGAUGCUGAGCAGAUUGAGAGGGCGUGUAAUGACGCUAAACUUGGCAUUGCUCAGUUGCACGGAGAUGGCGCAAGAGCUUCUCUUCUUCAAGGCUUGCCGGAAUCCUUGAAGGUGAUCUACGUGUUGCACGCCAACAAAAACGGAAUUAUUCAGACCAAGUUUCCAGAGAGCAGCGAGGGUAGCCCUCUUGUGGACUGGGUGUUGGUGGAUAGCUUACAAGGGGGCAGUGGCGAGCAAUUCGAUUGGCGAAAUUUUCGAGCUCCAAGUAUGCAGAGCCGAAGGGGCUGGCUAUUAGCAGGUGGACUUACUCCUAGUAAUGUUGCUACAGCACUCUCCCUUGUAACACCCAAUGCUGUGGAUGUUUCAAGUGGUAUUGCGGGGCCCGAUGGAAUACGCAAAGACCCGGCUCGCAUUCAAGCUUUUGUACAUGCAGUGCAGAAUUCUGACUUGUUCAAUGAUGUAGGCUCAAGAUAACUUGUUAGGGUAGGCGGAUGCGUUCAACCAAAGAUGCCAUUGAGUAAUUCACAAGUCAGACUUGUAGAUGACCACCAUUGAGAAAUCAACUCUGGUUUCAUUCUUCGUCA